AUGGUACAAAUUAAUUUAAGCAAAGUAUUUGUUACUUACAUUACACAAAACCAGUUUUACAAGCAACUUUUAGAAGUUCCUAAUUUAGUUAAUUAUUUUGGUUUCAGAUUAGCGCAUACAUUAACUGAAGUAUAUGGACCAGUGUUUGGCAGAGGUACAGAAAAACUAUCAAGACUUAUUUUAGAAACAAGAAAUCAGGUGGUAAAAUCAAACUUGGCACAGAAAAUGAGCGUGGCUAAACGUUACUAUACGUUAGAAAUGUCUCUUCCAUCCUUUAAUGAAUUUCAGAGGUUGCAAGAAGAUGUAGAACUUGUUAAGGACUUUAUAAAAUCUGGAUGUUACAAAUAUUUAACAGUAAAACAAGCAUGGCUUUUGCUUCUCAUGUGCACGGAAGUAGGUUUAUGGUUUUUCAUGGGCGAAACUAUUGGAAAAAUGCAUAUUGUUGGUUAUAAAGUUUAG